AUGGCAGACUCGGACGACCAGAGCGACGAACGCGAUCCCCAGAAUGACGGCUACCGCGGAAUCCGCAGUUGCAGCACACAUGCAGAGGCCCUUGCAGCCAUGGAAGACGACCUCGACAGCCACAGAACGGGAGAGAACGCCGAGCUCAAGAGCGAGGUCGCGCUGCUGCUCAGGGACUUCUACGACAAGAUCGACAAGUACGCCAAACCCCCGGCUGCCCACCGCGACAUUGUCUACGUCCGGUCCAUCAAAAAGGCCCUGGACGCUGCGAUCCAGCACAGGGAGGCCGGGGAGGCCUUCUCGCACCGGCUGCCGAGCUCGGCGCAGAUGCUCGCUCUGUGGUAUACCCACCAGUCUGGGACGCUGGAGGAGGACGUGUGCGCCGUGCUGGUCGAUUACCAGGUUCAAUAUGGUGCUCCCGUCCCGUUUCUUGGUUUCGGCUAUACCGCGAUGCCUGUUCACGAGCUGCUCCUUGCGACGCCGGUGCAGCCAACACAUGUCAUGGACGAGCACGACCACUUGGCUGCGCAGCACGCCACGCCCUCUGAGGAAAUGAAGGACCAGUUGGAGCGUCGCGAAGAGCAGCAGUCUGAGCAGAACGACGUGGCCAGCGUGCAGAGCGAGGCACCACGGCCCACGAUGCCCGUCGAGGAAGACCCGAGCCUCAACUUUGGCGGACCGGACGCCGAGUUCGACCAGAUGGACUUCAACGCCUGGAACCUCCAGCGCACGAUGAAGCUGAGACAGGACCUCCAGGGCCUCCGCGAGAUGACGGCCGAGACGACGACGGCCCAGCGCGCGGAGAUUGACGCGCUCAAGACGCACAGGGAGGAGACUGCGUAUCUCUUGUCGAUCCUGCUGCGGCAGAUGCAGGAAUACAGGGGGGAGCUGCGGGCGCUGAAGGCGCAGGUUGCGGUGCCGACGCCUCCUCAUGGCAGCAAGUGCAGACUGCCCCACAAGGCAGCUUCGCAGGCUCCACCCAAGCCACCCAAUCGAGCAAUUGAUGAUUGCUUCACGACAAAAGUCCAACGCGACAUCAGACGCGACCGCUCAAAGCUCCGGAAACAUCUCAACUCCCGCACGAGCGUACCUCCACCGACACAUCGUCCCUACGAUACCAAUCAUGCUGCCAACCCGACUACAAAGACCGCUACGAGCGUGCUCGACAAGCAACUCGGUCGCAUUGCGAUGCUACGCGACGAGAUUCAAGCCAGCAAGCAAUGCCUCUCCCUUUGCGAACCUCUCUGCGCUGAAAAAGACCGCGCCAACACCAACACCAACGACGGUCCCCACGCCAGCGCCAGCACCGAAGUCAGCUACACUGAGGUCCCCGACCGCGCCAUCGAACGCGACAGUCCAGCCCGAGAAGACUGCACAUACAGCACCUUCAGUGAGGAUCCCAGGACAGAACUCACCCGCAGCCGUGAAUCCCAAGCGCGCCGAACCACCACGAGGCCAGAAGGCCGCCCCGAAAACCCGGCCCCCUCUUGA